GCACAGGUGUCAGUCAGUCGGCGGAGCAGAUCAGUUACGCGCCGGCGUCACUGAAAGAGGUAAGAUCGAGCCCGAUAUGAAGUGCUUAUCGUGCAGGGAGGAGUACGACUCGAAUGAUGCCGGAACCUGCAAGGAGUGCUACGAGGAGGCCAGCGAAACCGAGGAGGAGCUCAAGCGAGAGAUCGAAGAUCUCAAAGCCAAAGUCGCUUUCCUCCGCUUUUGGUCUCCUCUUGAUCACAACCACCGGAGCACCACCGUGCCUGGUCUCCCCUACACUGACGUUGUUUUGCUUGCCUCUGAUGGACCCAAGGAUUUGCCCCCAAUUCCCAUCCCCGCCCAUAAAGCGGUUUUGGUGAGUCGUUCCCCUGUGUUCAAAGCAAUGCUUGAGAAUGAGAUGGAAGAGUCACGAAGCGGUACCAUCAAGAUCAGUGAUGUAUCGUAUGAGGCCCUCCGUGCCUUUAUCAACUAUUUGUAUACUGCUGAAGCUGUGCUUGAUGAGCCAAUGGCGUAUGACCUUCUAGUUUUGGCAGAAAAGUAUCAGGUGAAGCAUCUCAAGGCCUACUGUGAGAAGUUUCUUGUGUCUAAAUUGAACUGGGACAAUUCAGUUAUGAGCUAUGCCUUUGCACACCAGCAGAAUGCAAAGCUUGUGGUUGAUGCAGCUUUAUCGCUGAUAACAGACAACAUGGACAAGCUUACCAAACGGGAAGAGUAUAUGGAACUCGUGGAAAAGGAGCCUAGACUUGUGGUUGAAAUUUAUGAAGCUUACCUCGCCAAACAGGUUAAUACUGCAGUUCAUAAGGAUUCUUCCACGAAGUCAUAAUCAAAUGCAGUUUCCAUGGUGUGUGUGUACAUGAGAGUGAAGGAUCAUUCUUCAUUUGAUUUGUCAAGAGUUCUUCAUUUGUAGUACGCAGCGCCCGUGUUCUGGGGCGUCUUUUCAUCUCAUUUUGUUCAAUUUACUAACCUCCAGCUUUGAUUUUGAGGGAAAAGAAGUUUGUAUGGGAUUUGAUAUGGUGGAUGUUAAAUGUUAAUACUAUUGUUGGCAGCUGGUAGCAAAGUCUUAUUAGUGUGACGUUUCUUGCAGUUAA